AUGACGUCAUUACAACAGACGGAGAUGACGUCAUUACAACCACCAGAUAACUCCAUUCGUGGUCUUUGGCGGCAGUUCAGGGAUUCCUCGUCACUACACGGGCUCUCUCACAUCUCAAAGGAAAGGACUUUUGUUCGAGGAAUAAUUUGGUUUCUUCUUGUGAUAGUCAUGGGAAUUUCCCUGACAAUAACUCUAUAUAACCUGAAGCUUCAAUAUUUCACCUACCCAACAUUGACAAUUUUCAACAUCAAAAUUUCGGAGGAGAUAAUUUUUCCUGCUGUGACUCUAUGUAAUAUCAGUCCAUACAAAAUGUCCAAGUUGAAUCCAGACGAAGCAACAAUGGAUUACUUGAAGAGAGGCAGCAAUAUUGGAUCCUUUGUUCCACCUCUGAAUUUCAGCGAUCCUAAGUAUUCCCCGUUAUAUGAGAACGGUACAGAAGGGUGGUUGGUUAAUGUUAGUAACAGUGUAAGUGACUUGUUCGUUGCAUGUAAAUGGAAGGAAACAGUAUACUUCGACUGUUCCGAGUUGUUCACCCCGCACAAGACUGAGUGGGGGCUCUGCUUCUCCUUCAAUGGCCUUGAUAUGGAGGAACCGAGGACGACACAUUACACUGGAAGCAUUCUGGGAUUGACUCUGUACUUACACAUCAAUCAGAGUGACUAUGUGUACGCUAGAAACAUGGGAGCAGGAAUCAAGUUAGUAAUCCACAAUCACAACGAGGAACCUAACAUCAUGGAUUCCGGAUUCCUGAUAUCCCCCGGAUUCACAACUUAUAUGCCUUUAGAGAUGACAGAGUACAAAUUCCUUCCCCACCCUUUCAAGGCAUUUGGAGAUGAGUACUGUGAAGAUGUUGAUUAUCCUGGAUUUUACAACAAUCUGAAGCAUCACAGACUGUAUAGUUACAGUGGCUGUAUGCGGGAAUGCAAGGAAAAAUUCGCUUAUCAGAAAUGUUCGUGUCGUAGUCAUCAUGAUUUAGGACCCUUGGAUCCAAUAUGCUCUAUAGAGAGAGAUUACCACUGUCACAAACCAGCAAGGGACGAGUUUGAUGGAAACUUGACAUUACAGACUGAGUGUGGUUUGAUUCCUUGCUCUAGCACUGAGUAUAAAACUCACAUAUCGAGUGCUUACUUCCCAGCCAACUUGUACGAAGAGUGGCUCAAAGCUACAUUCGGGUACACUGACAUACGAGAAAACAUCAUGGAAGUGAGGAUAUAUUAUGAAACACUGAUAUACAAAAGCUUUGAGAAAGUUCAAAAGAUCACUUACGUUGAAAUUAUGGGUACAAUAGGCGGGCAGAUGGGUGUGUUCCUAGGAGCCAGCCUAUUGACGUUGUCUGAGCUCAUAGAAGUCCUGAUUCUGUCUCUCAUUGUUAUGUGUAAAAAAGCACUUCGUCCUGCGAGAUUAGCGCCCUCUCCUACUCCCAGACCAUCCACGAAAUCUCCCUUAAGUAUCAGCAAUGGUCCGCUCUGAGAUAUCCAAUACUGUUCGAACUGCAUUUACAUGGUGACAUCGAUAUCUUCGUUUUCUUUUCGACAGUGUCUUUGAACUUUGAUGGUUUGCAGCUUCUCUGCUAUUUCAACAAAGAAAAAGUCUAAACCUACAUUUCCAUUUCGAACAAAGUAGAAUUUUGCCUUUUAAAAGUCUUUGAAGUUACUUUACAGGUGUGUUAUAAGGUUUCAAAUUUUCAUUUUCAUCCAGGAGACAAUUUUAUUUUAAAGCCCAUGAACAUUUUUUUUUAAAAACAAA